AUGGAGCUACCGGUGAUAGAUCUAGCACCGUAUUUGGAGAUCGCUGGGAAUAGGGAUGGUCAGUCAGCGAAGCGAGCGAGUGGACUCAGCGAGUUGUGCCGUGAAUUGAGUCGACUGCUUAAGGAAACGGGGGCGUUACUGGUUAAGGAUCCGCGUUGUACGGCGGAAGACAACGAUCGGUUCAUUGAUAUGAUGGAGAACUACUUCGAGAAGCCUGCCGAGUUCAAGCGCUUGCAGGAGCGUCCGUAUCUGCAUUACCAGGUAGGAGUAACACCAGAGGGUGUGGAAGUUCCAAGAAGCUUGGUCGAUAGAGAAAUGCAAGAGAAGUUAAGGGCAAUGCCCAAAGAGCACCAACCAUACACUCCCAAGGGGCCCGAUCCCAAGUGGCGAUACAUGUGGAGAGUAGGGCCUCGCCCUUUGAAUACCCGCUUUCAGGAACUUAAUUCUGAACCUGUCAUACCUGAAGGUUUCCCUGAAUGGAAAGAGACCAUGGACUCUUGGGGAUACAAAAUGAUAUCAGCAAUAGAGGCUGUUGCUGAAAUGGCAGCAAUUGGGUUUGGGCUGCCAAAAGAUGCAUUUACUUCCCUUAUGAAGCAGGGGCCACAUCUUCUAGCUCCAACAGGGAGUGACCUCAGAUGUUAUGGACAGGAGGGCACUGUGUUUGCAGGCUACCACUAUGACCUUAACUUUUUAACUAUUCAUGGAAGGAGUAGGUUCCCUGGUCUAAACAUUUGGUUAAGGAAUGGGAAAAAGGUUGAGGUGAAGGUUCCUGUAGGAUGUCUUCUAAUUCAGACUGGAAAGCAGAUAGAAUGGUUGACUGCUGGUGAGUGCACAGCUGGUAUGCAUGAAGUUGUUGUCACAAAGAGGACAAUUGAUGCUAUAAAGGUGGCAUCUGAGCAAAAUCAUAGCCUAUGGAGAGUAUCCUCGACAUUGUUCGCACACAUAGCUUCAGAUGCAGUGUUAAAGCCUCUCGGCCACUUUUCAAAAUCACCCCUUGCCAGCAAAUAUCCGCCUAUAUGUGCGGGAGAAUUUGUUGAACAAGAGCUUGCAGUAAUUAAUCUGAAAGGAAAUAAAGGGGAAUCGUGAUAAAUUUGUUUCCCGUUAUAUAAUAAAUCAUACACUAUUGUUGUUCCAAGAUGCAAAUGACCUUUCAAGGGUAUUUGGUUUAGAUUAUUUGCAAGAAAGGUGGUCAACAUUAUGGUAUUUAAAAUGUUACAUGGUCUAAUAUUUCUGUUGAU